AUGUCAAAUUCGCCCGAAGAUGCACUCUCUGAAGCAUCACCUGCCUCUGCCUCCGCCCAGGCAUUUGAGCCCCUGGCAUGUGUAAGCUGUCGGUCUCGGAAGCUCAAAUCCCAGGUGGAAGGCCUGCUGAAAGCCGUCGGUAAACAAAGGGUUCAGGAGACGGCCAGCCCCAAUGUAGGCCAAAUUGGUGGCUCGUCCUCGGUCGAAGCCGGCGCCGAGAAUGUCGGCACCAGCCUCCCGAAGCCGCCCCAGAACGAGCCCAUUGGUAUGGGUGGGGCCUGGUUUCCCAUGUCGCCGACCGAGAGUGCUCCGAAGGACGACUUCUACCAGCACGGCGAGCUGCUCGGACUGGGCCAGUUCGAAACUUUGCCUCCUUUUGAGAUGAUAGAGGACCUUCACAACAUAUUCUUCGAGACUUAUGGUCAAUCUCUGCCAGUGGUCCACCGGGAUAACUAUCUACGGUCCUUUCACUCACCGCCGCAUAUGCGCCCGCCGAUGUGUCUUCAGUAUGCCAUCUGGACCAUGGGUGCAAAUGGCCACCCCAAGUAUGGAUGCUAUCAUGAUGCCCUUUAUCGGCGUGCCCGCCAGUAUCUGGAAGCUGACGAGCUAAAGGGACUUGGCGAGUAUUUCAUCACACUUGGCCAUGCGCAAGCCUGGGCUCUUGUCGCGGCUGAUGAAGCCAAGUGCUUGCUGUACACACGGGCUGCUAUGAGCUCUGCUAGAUGUGUCAGGCUCGUAGGCAUGAUGGGGCUCCACCGCCUCGACGACGGGCUUUCUGAAGAGCUCCCCAUGGCGCCGAUGAUUGCCCCGGCGAAAACCUGGGCUGAAACCGAGGAGCGCCGCAGACUCUUCUGGGGCAGCUUCUGUAUUGACAGCUACGCCAGCAUUAGUACGGGAUGGCCCAGCAUGAUUGACGUCACCACACACCUGCCUGCAUCAGAGGAGGCGUUUACCACGGGGGUGGAAGAGAAGUCAUGGCCACUCUUGGAUGUGUUCAAGGGGGCUUCGUACUCCACCUUUGGUGCAAAUGUGGUCGUGUGCUAUAUCUUUGGCCAGCUGUUGAAGCAUGCCCACCGCCCGAUGCCCGACGACCGCCCGGAAGACACGGAGUAUGGCCCUUUUUGGAAGCGCCACAGGGAACUGGACAACAUGCUAUCGAGUGCUUUCAUGUUCCUACCAGAGCGUUUCAGGCUGCCGUCGAACGUACGCGAUCCUCUUGCGGUUCAGGCAAAUCUGAACCUGCAUGCCGCUGCUAUCUGCCUCCACAACGCCGCUUGCGAGAAGGCGGACAAAUUCAAACUGCCACACAUAAAGCAGACAAGCAGAACCCGGGCAUUGACUGCUGCUCAGGAAAUCGUCGACAUUAUCAAACUCACCAGUCACUUGAGAAGAGGAUACAGCCCCCUGAUGGCUCUGUCCUUGUACUGCGCAGCGUCAGUGUACGUAGCGCAGGCAAAAGAAAAUCCGAUAGAGUGCAACAGCACAAACCUUGAACUCAUCAUGAGGGCCAUGGAAGCCGUGGGUCGCCAGCACUUAAUAACAAACGCUUACCUCAACCAACUGCUUCAGGACCUCGAGCGCAAUGGUGUCUCAGGCUUGGUCAGCUUCCGUCCCAGCACAGGACACGAAAACAAAAUCACUCAGGGGAUCCCAGUCAUCGUCCGCGGCUCCAUCUCUCGGCACAGCAAGGUCCAGCCGCCCCUCCCGGGACGCCUGCCUCUGGGCGCACCUCAAGGCAUUGCACCGGACCCGGCAGCCGGUAUUGGGGCGGCAUCGUGUGCCCCUCGUAUCGAAAUAUAUCCCUACUCUGAGAAAGGGGACGGCGGCGACCGCGCAAGCAAACGAAUACGGACAUCUGCACCGACAGCAGCUCGGCCUGCUCACACAAACGUACCCUCUUCCUCUUCCUGGUCCUCCGAGCGCGCAGGGCCAAGUUCCAUGGAUAAUAAGCCGGCACCUGCGUUAUUUGGAUACCCGGGUGGCUGGUUCUACUCGUUGAAAUAUAUGGAGUCUUCUACGACGACGACCACACUGCCUCACCGGACUGGGUCCCCAGCAACGGGAUCACGCUCAGUACCAGCUAACAUUGAGCGCAUUGAAACGGCGUUCACACAACAGGCUUUAGGGACCAGCGCACCUCUCGGAGGCGUCAGCGCUAGCUAUAGCCCGAAUACCAAUACUGCAACGGCAACGGCUGGAGAUGCUCAGAACCUCGACGUCUUCGAAUUGGGCGAGUGGGGUGCGGCGAAUCCCGAGUCGUUCUACGCCAUGCUCACCGAUGUUUUCGAGAGCGGCGACAACGAGUAUGAUGAUGGUGGCCUUGGGACGUCGCAAUCGCACGACAACGGCGGCAUGAGCUCCUGGGCACCUGGUAACUAA